AUGCCAACCACUUCACCACUUGCCCACUUCGGCAUCGAAGACAUGUCCCUCGCUGGCUGGCCGGCCGGCUGGCCCGCCACCCCGAUCGUCAAGGCGAGGCGUUCUCCGCAAACCCUCCACACCCCAGACAGAACCCCGCCUCCCGGCGUCUGUUCCCCGCGCGCACCGCGGCCUCCGCUGCUGCCUGCUACAUACCCUCCCCGGUCCCCCAUCCCAUUCCCAGAUCCCACCGACGCAGCACAGCGAUCGAAACGCGACCCGAACCGACGCAAUGGCGACGCUCACCGUCCCUCCUCCGUCCCAGCCGUCGCCGAGGACUGCGAGCAGCUGCACAAGGCCUUCGAAGGUUGGGGCACCAACGAGGAGCUGAUCAUCUCCAUCCUGGCCCACCGCAACGCCGCGCAGCGCCGCGCGAUCCGCCGCGCCUACGCCGAUGUGUACGGGAAGGAGCUGCUCCGCGCCCUCGGCGACGAGAUCCACGGCAAGUUCGAGGGCGGUGAUCCUGUGGACGCUGGACCCGCGGAGAGGGACGCGGUGCUGGCGAACGAGGAGGCGAAGAAGUGGCACCCCGGCGGCCGCGCGCUGGUGGAGAUCGCGUGCGCGCGCACGCCCGCGCAGCUCUUCGCGGCCAAGCAGGCGUACCACGACCGCUUCAAGCGCUCGCUCGAGGAGGACGUUGCCGCGCACGUCACCGGCGACUUCCGCAAGCUGUUAGUGCCUCUUGUAAGUGCAUAUCGCUAUGAUGGCCCAGAGGUGAACACAUCUUUGGCCCAUUCUGAAGCCAAAAUUCUUCAUGAGAAGAUCGAUAAGAAGGCUUACAGUGACGAGGAGAUCAUCAGGAUUCUCACCACACGGAGCAAAGCUCAGCUACUUGCAACAUUCAAUAGCUACAAGGAUCAGUUCGGUCAUGCAAUCAACAAGGAUCUGAAAGCUGACCCCAAGGAUGAGUUCCUUGCAACACUGCGGGCGAUCAUCCGGUGCUUCACCUGCCCUGACAGAUACUUCGAGAAACUCAUUCGACUGGCUCUUGGAGGCGUGGGCACAGAUGAGGAUGCUCUCACCAGGGUCAUAACUACUCGCGCCGAGGUCGACCUGAAGCUGAUAAAGGAGGCUUACCAGAAGAGGAACAGUGUGCCGCUGGAGCGUGCUGUUGCCAAAGAUACAACUAGAGAUUAUGAGGAUAUUCUGCUUGCCCUCCUAGGGGCGGAGUGA